AUGAGGGGCCCCAGGGGGGCCCCCAGGGUUUGGGGGGCCCCCCUGGGGGGCCCCUCUGGGUGCAGCAGAGGACUGCAGGGGAGCCCCCCACGCGCCUGGGGUGGAGCAGAAGGGCUGCUGCUGCGGCUGCGCGCUGCUGCUGCUGCUGCUGCUGCUGUUGCUGCUGCUCGCGUGAAGGCGUACACGCACCGCUGCUGCUGCUGCUGCGGCGGCGAGCCGAUUCUCCGGGACUGGGAGCUCUCAAACAGCAGCAGCAGCAGCAGCAGCAGCAGCGACGGGGGCGGUGGCGAAGCAGCAGAGCCAGUGGACCUUCCCCGCAUUAUACCCGAGCAGCAGCAGCAGCAGCAGCAGCGGCAGCACCAGCAGCAGCAGCGGCAGCAGCGGCAGCGGGGCCGACAGCAACUAGGGGGGCUGGCGUGGCGGCAUUUUGUGCCUCUGGAGUAA